AUGUCAACGGCGGUGGUACGCAGACCUUUCGAGGAGGAUAAGAAGUUCAUAUCUAAGAUGGAGUCGCCCAGGUGGCACAUAGACAAGGGAUUUGUAGAGAACAUGAAUGUACCCGUGAAGUUCUACGCCAAUGAGAAAAUCAUGCCAGCGGUGAUGGAGGAGCUACAGCGGUAUUCAUUACGACCGGCUGGGGAGGCAGGAUUCUUACCUGCUCUGAAGCAGCUAGGGAAUGUCGCAUCCUUGCCAGGUAUCGUCGGCAACGCUAUUGGCCUUCCCGACAUCCAUAGCGGUUACGGCUUUGCCGUUGGCUCAGUCGCGGCAUUUGACGCAUCUGACCCCUGUGCCGUCGUGUCACCGGGUGGGGUUGGCUUUGACAUCAACUGUGGUGUGAGGUUAUUGAGGACCAACCUCACCUUGAGCGACGUGGAACCGGUGAAGGAGCAGCUUGUGCAAGCGCUGUACGAUUGCAUACCUGUUGGAGUUGGCUCUGAAGGGGUCGUACCGGUGAAUCAAGACACACUCAGAGAGGCUCUACAAUACGGAAUGGACUGGUCGGUCCGAGAAGGGUAUAGCUGGGUGGAGGAUAAGUACCACUGUGAGGAGCAGGGACGGCUCCUGAACGCCAACGCCACCGAGGUCUCUAGAAGGGCGAUGAUACGCGGUGUACCACAGCUGGGCACGCUGGGAGCUGGCAAUCACUACGCCGAAGUGCAGGUUGUCGAUGAGAUAUACGACAAGUAUGCCGCGAAGCAGCUAGGCUUGGAUCGCCCAGGGCAGGUGUGCUUGAUGAUGCAUAGUGGCAGUCGAGGCCUCGGCCAUCAAGUCGCCACGGACGCCCUACAGCUCAUGUGCAAGGCAGCGAUGAGCAGGAAGAAUCCGAUUCAUCUCAACGACCCUCAGCUGUCAUGUGCUCCUAUCCACUCCGAGGAGGGUCAGCUGUACCUCAGAUCAAUGGCUGCCGCGGCCAACUUUGCCUGGGUCAAUCGCAGUACCAUCACAUUCAUGGCUAGGCAAGCCUUCAGCAAGGUUUUCAAGCAGGAUGCUGAUGAUCUCGACAUGCAUGUCGUAUAUGAUAUUUCUCACAACACAGCGAAGUUGGAGGAACACUUGGUAGAUGGAGUAGUGAAGCAGCUGCUGAUCCAUCGGAAGGGGGCGACUCGGGCCUUCCCGCCUAAUCAUCCCUUGGUGGCUAGCGACUAUCAAAGUAUCGGCGAGCCAGUCCUGAUCGGCGGCUCCAUGGGUACAUGUUCGUACGUGCUUGUUGGUACUCAUACAGGAGAGAAAGAGACAUUUUCCAGUACAUGCCAUGGUGCUGGCAGAGUCCUUAGCCGAAGCGGGAGUCGUCGCAAGCUCGACUAUGAUCACGUCACAUCAGAGCUGGCCGAUAGAGGUGUGAGCAUGCGUGUAGCCUCACCGAAACUGAUCGUAGAAGAGGCACCAGAGUCGUACAAGGAUGUCACUGCGGUCGUGAAUACAUGCCAUCAAGCAGGAAUCUCCAGCAAGGUCGUUAAGAUGCGCCCCAUCGCAGUGGUCAAAGGAUGA